AUGGCGGGUGAAAAUUAUUGCUCAGUUUGUGAAGGUAUUAUUAGCACAGAGAAUGAUUUGGCGGUUUGUUAUAAAUGUAAAGAAGAGAUUUUCCAUAAAGCGUGUGGAAAAAAAGUAUUUGACUCCCUUAGAUGUCUUAAUUGUGGACCAAUUGAAAAGAGAUCAUUAAGUCAUCAAAUAGGAGAGAUAUCAAAAGGUAAAGCUAAAUUAGAAACAAGAACUAGUAGGUUCACAGGUAUAAAUGUAACUAAAGAAUUUAUUGAAAGUGGUGAAUAUGGAAUAAGUAAAGGUGAUGAUGAUGAUGAUGGUGAUUAUGUUGGUGGUGAUGAUUCAUCAAGCGAUGAUGAAUACUUUGGUAAUCCAACAGUCCUAAACAAUUAUCCAACUACUAUGAAUAAUGUUGAUUUAAAUUUUCCUACAUUUUUUUUAUUAAAUGAAGAUAUGAAAAAACGAAAACAAAAAAUAAAAGAAGAUGGAAAUAAUGAAGAGAUUAAAAAAAUUGAACAAGAAGAAAAAAUGAUUAUUCAAGAGUAUCAAAAUGAAGAGAUUUUAAAAUUUUUUGGAGAUAGGAGUUGUUUUAAACAAACUCAACUUGCAUAUGAAGCAAUGGUUCAAUGUUUAAAAGAUUUGAAAGAGUCAAUUGAACGAAUGUUUAAAGUUGUUAGCGUCAAAACUUUAGGUGAUAUUAGUAGUUUCAUAUCAAUGUCGUAUCCUAAAAAGAGUUUAUUGGAUAUUAGAGAUAUAGCAUUAGAAUUGAUUGGUCAAUCCAUUGAUGACAGUAUCCAUCAUAUACCAACAUCAAUACUUUAUACAAGUUCAUCAUCACCAGAGGUUGCACAAUUAUUUCAAUCGGUUCCAUCCAAUGUAAUGAUGAGAAUUAAAUCACAUCAACCAUUCAGUAGUGAUAUUAGUUCACAUUUAUGUGAACCACCAACCAUAACAUUAAAUCCUGAUUGUUGUAAUACAUUUAAAUCAACCGUUUCAACCAUUUGUCAUUCAUUAACCAAAGAUUAUGAUGUCACUAAAUUCCCAUCACCACAUUUUGAAGAUUUAUCACGUUGGUAUUCAAAUUAUUUCUCAAUACCAUUAAUUCAAGAAGUUAUUGAAUUAUUUAAACAACAACAACAACAACAACAACAACAACAACAACAACAACAACAACAACAACAACAACAACAACAACAACAACAACAACAACAACAAAAAGAUAAAUUAGAAGAAAUAAUGUUAGUUAGAACACCAGUUAUAUUGGUUAUUGAAGAUUUUGAAACAUGGAAUUCAGAGGUAUUAUCAGAUCUUAUUCAUUUACUUUCAGCAUAUCGUCAUAGGAUACCAUUUGUAUUAUCAUUUUCAAUUUCAACAAGUGCUGAUGCAAUUCAUAAAGUUUUACCCUAUCAAGUGGUGUCACUAUUAAAUUUAAAAUCACUUCAUCUUCGUUCUCAAAAUGAAAUGUUUGAACAAUUAGUAAAACAUUUAUUUUUAAAAAGUCAACCAUAUAUCAUUAGUAAAAAAGCUUAUUUAUAUUUAUAUUAUAAUUUUAAAAAUUCUUAUAUGUCACUUUCAACAACAAUAUCAGUAUUAAGACAUUUUAUUAUUGAUCAUUUUUUAGAGAAUGGAUUAUCAUAUUUGACUUUAGAUCUUUCAAAUUUUCAAAUUGAUUUAAAAGAUGAUGAUGAUGAUAUGGAUGGUUGUUCAACAAUAAAGCUUGAACCUGAAAAUGAUUCAACUGAUUCAACUGUUAACGAUGAAGUAGGAACAGGUGAUAAUAUUGAUAAUGAUAAUGUAUCAACACAUGGUGAAGAAGAUACACCCGAUAGUCUUGUCAAAAGUGAUAUUGAAUGUCAAACAUUAUCAUACUCAAGUGAUGAUGAAAGAAAUGAUUAUGAUACUUCAACAGAUUCUGAUAAUUGUUCUAAUUUUCAUAAAAAAAAACCUAAUAGUAAUAAUAGAAUUAAAAGUGAUUUAGAGUGUAAUGAUAAUGAUAAGGAUAAUGAUGAUAAUGAUAAUGAUAUUAAUGAAAAUAAUAAUAAUAUUAAUAAUAAUAAUAAUAAUAAUAGUAAUAAUGAUGAUAAUGAUAAGGAUUCAUUUGGACCAAAAAGAAUACCAAAUCAAAGAUUUGUAACCUUAAUUCAAAAAUUACCAUCUUUAAAUACAGAUGAAAUUGAAAAUUCAAAGAUUUCAACAAAUAGAAAACUAAAUAAAUUACAAAGUAAUUUAAUAAUAUUUAAAGAGAGUAGACCAAUAAUGUUGGAAUUAUAUUAUACGAUUCUAUCGAAAUUCCAAAAAUCAAAAACAUUGAAAUAUUCAGAACUACUCAAGAAAAUAUCAUUAAAUGAUAGAAAAUCAUAUGAAACAUUAAGAAAGACAAUUUUAACAAAUCCAGAAUCCAAACAAUCAAUUGAAACAUUAUUAGAUUUGUUGAAAACCUCAAGACAUCACUUCGAAAGAAUUAUCAAAGCCACCAAUAGUUUAAAAUUAUUCCAAACACCAAAGAGCAAAAAGUAUCAGGAUUUAGUGAAAAUUGAAAAUCUAAUUUUAAAAUGUAGAACUUUGUCAAAUAAUUUUAAAAAUCUAUUAUUACCUCCAGAUGAACAAUCAAAAUCUAUUAAAAAUGAAAUUAAACAACAACAACAACAACAACAACAACAACAACAACAACAACAACAACAACAACAUCAACAACAACAAAAAAUUGAAAAUGAACAAAAAAAUUGGAGCAUUAAAAAGAAAAGAGAACAUCAACUUCGAAAUAUUCAAAAACCAACAGAUUCUUAUUUUAAAAUUUAUUCAAGAGAAUUUUUAGAUGAUAUAGUUUCUGUUAUUAUAGAGGAUUAUUUAUAUCCUCCAUUAGUUUCAGUGCCCUUAUCAGAAAUAUUUGAUUUUACCCAAACAGUAUUCAUUACCCAAAGUAGAUUCAAUUUCCAUACAGCAGAAGGAAUUAACGAUAAUUUAAUACAUUCAGUAAGAAAAUUAAAAUGUGAAUGCUGUAUUGAUUCUCUUUGUGGUACUAUGGAUGAUUUUUCAAUUUCUUUUAUUUUAUUAUUAAGAAGUGGUAGAUAUAUUAAUUAUUUUGAUUGGUUAACUUCAUUUUGUUCAAUUAUAAAUGGAGAUAAUAAUCCAACUCCUAAUCUAAAGGCAAGAUUUAUAAAAUCAGUCGAUACAUUUGUAAGUUUGGAAUUAAUUAAAAAAACUAGGAAAAGAAAAGAUCAUUUUGAAAAAAUUGCUUUCUUAACUACAUCAUAA